CAUGUAUUGCCUGAGACUUACUUUCCCGAUGCCGUUGCAUUGCGAGUGGAACUCCUCCUCACUCCUUCCAUCAAGGCCCGCCUCCUGUCGCCACUCACACAACUUUCACACGCACACUCACCCUGCCUCCACUCUCCAUCAGUGCAUUGACAUCAUGGCCUCUUAGAGCCUCAUCUCCAAGAGUCUGGACCCGCCAUGAGGAGCCCAAGGACUUUUCUCAGUUGCUAAUUUCAACAUUCUCCAACUUUUUUUUUUUCCUCCCUUCUUUCUCUCUCUCAUCGCCAUCCAGAAGGACUACAGUAUUGGCAGCAUGUUUAAGUGGUGCGUCGUCGUGAUCUUGGUGCACUGUGCGCUUGUUGCGCGCGGGCUCACCGUGCCGCCAAAGAUGGUGGCUGCUGCAGACUCCGGGCUGCAAAAUGACACGGGGACAGGGCAAAGUGCCAACAAGCUGCAGGAGAUGACACAUGACGGGCAAAACACCCUCUCCGAGCUGCUGGGUGAUUAUGACAAAGUGAAAGCCCUCUCGGAAGGCUCUGACUGUCGGUGUCAAUGUGUUGUCAGACCCCUGAGCAGGAGCGCCUGCCGGCGGAUAGAAGAGGGCAGCGCAACGGCGCACGACUCGUACACGGUGGAGACCAUCACGUCCGGUCCGGAGUGUAAGUGCGCCUGCGUCGCUCCUUCGUCUGCAGUCAACCCCUGCGAAGGAGAGCUCAGGCUGAAAAAGCUUAGGGAAGCUGCGAAAGAUGAUGUCAAGUUGGCCACCGUCCUUGAGCUUCUGGAGGGUUCCUAUUAUGGGAUGGAUCUGCCCAAGCUGCACACCAUCAUCAGCAAUCUGGUGGACCGUGUGACACACAUUGAAAAGGUGAUGGCCUUAAAAGAGACCAAAGAUGAGGCCAAGUCCCACCCAAACCCACCAAAGCCGACAGAUGAUGCUCAAAAUCGGACCGCGGUACCACACUCACCUUCACACCGCCAAAGUGAUCAGAGUGGGGAGAAACUCAGAGGACCAGACACGUCUCAAAAAGCAAAGGAAAAGCACGGGGAGAAGUUUAUUGCCGGAACUCUGUCCGACGGUUCGGCUCAGGUCACCAAGGUGAAACCGCACGCGGCUGGCAAAAAGGGGGCCAAAAAGGAGGUUUCUCAAGGGUCCAAGACUGCUCUUAACGGGAUGAUUAUCAGAGGAGUGACUUUUUACAAGUCUGAGCCAGAACCAUUGGCCACGGAUGACGGGGAGCAUGAAGAGAACGAUUUUGAGUAUCAUGGAUUCAGUGGCGAUGGUCCAAUCGACCUCUUCAUUGAGGAGAAUCUUCUUCAGCACAAACCUCGUCCUCGUCCUCGUUCCAGGGAGAGGGCAGACACCAAGUCAUUCCGCCAAGUGACGACUGGCCUCUUUCAUAGCUCCAACAAAGUCAGCCAGUCUACUACACUAACAAACAUUCUAAGCGAAGAGAUCCAAGACAUCGACGCACCAUCUGUAUCCACCGCGGUCGAGAGUGACACAAACACGACGAGCAAAGUCACGUUUGCGCCCUACACGACCUCAAAGAACCCCACCACAGUGAACUCUGCGUCUCAAUCUGUUCCUUCAGACAUCAGCCAGGGGACUUUGAGAACAGACACCUCCCCAGAUGUUACAACCGAUGAGAUGACCACAGCAACCCACUCCCACGAUAAGGCAAUCGCUAUAAGUACCACAGAGGCACCAACCUCCACCGUCAUGGAUGUGACCACCGCUGGGACCUACACCACCAACACUCCAAUAACUACAGCCACUCAGGUUGCCCCCACAACAUCACAAGCCACUGUACCAACCGACCUUCCAGUGUCUUCGACAGAAAGUCCUACGGACACUUCCCCACCUGUCACCACACCCGCGACGACUUUUCCUCCGGCCACGACCGCCACUCCCGAGACCACUACCGAGACCACUACUGAGACCACUACCAAGACCACUACGACAACAACCGCUACAACCACGAAGGCUCCCAGCCGGGCUCGUACUGUAAAACGCAAGUACAAGAUCAGCUGGGAGGAGGAAGAGGAGGAUUUGGCGUUUGAUGACAUCAUGCAAAGGCAAGAGGGAGCAACGACAAGAAAACCUGAGGAAUGUAAGGACACCCUGGCAACCAUCUCCUAUCCAGUGACUCAUAACAAGUACGGCAAGACCGAAGGGGCCUGGAUGAAGGAUCCCAAGUCAGACAAAGAUCGGAUUUAUGUCACCAACUUCUAUUACGGAAACAACCUCCUGGAAUUCCAGAACAUGGAGGUUUUCAAAAAAGGCCGUUUUACAAACUCCUACAAGCUUCCUUAUAACUGGAUCGGCACCGGUCACGUGGUGUACGACGGCGCCUUCUUCUUCAACCGCGCCUUCUCCCGAGACAUCAUCAAAUUUGAUCUGCAGCACCGCUACGUGGCCGCCUGGACCAUGCUUCACGAUGCUGUGAUGGAAGAGUCAACGGCGGCGUGGGAGUGGCGAAGUCACUCAGACAUCGACUUUGCUUUAGACGAGAGCGGCCUGUGGAUCAUCUACCCGGCGAUGGACGAUGAGGGCUUCUUACACGAAGUGGUUGUCCUCAGCCGCCUGAACCCGGUGGACCUCAGCAUGCAAAGGGAGACCACGUGGAGAACCGGGCUAAGGAGAAGCCACUACGGGAACUGCUUCAUUGUAUGCGGCGUAUUGUACGCUGUUGACAGCUACAACCAAAAGGAGGCCAACUUGGAAUACGCCUUUGACACGCACACCAACACCCAGAUGAUUCCCAGAAUGCCCUUCACCAACAAUUACACCUACACAACCCAAAUUGACUAUAACCCCAAAGAGGGUGUACUGUACGCAUGGGACAAUGGACACCAAGUUACAUACGAUAUUAAGUUUGCCUAUGUAGACUCCAAUUAAGGCUUUAAUUGUAGUAAAUUGAAAUUCUUCAAUGGAUUGUAGAGCAGUCCAACUGGCCUGUAAUGGCUAUUUGUUCCAUUUGUAUCUGAAGUAAAUAAAAAUUGAGCCACUUUAGUCAGUUGACAUUUUCUAGUGUGAAGCCAGCCACACACCGGCAUGUAAUUUCAAAACAUCGACCGAUCCUUGCACCUCACACAUCUGUCGUCAAUUUAGUAGAGAAUCAGGAAUUUUGAAACACGACUUUUAUUCAACCACAAACGACAUGGCGCAUUUGCCAAUGAAAAAGCGGAUAAGCUGACCUCAAGAACAAAUUUUCUACCCAUGUGUGGUCAUAACAGGACCUUUUUUUCCUGUUGGCUUGAACUUUUUAAUAGCCAAAAAGUUGAGGCGUAGACUCUCCAAAUUUCUGUUUCCAACCCAGGCUAAAUUUAGCUCCUCCUCAACAUAUAAAGCCCCCUGGGUUGCGACGUAUUGCGUCAACACACUUCCUUGACACAAAUAACUACUUCAAAUCAGGUUCCACAUGUCACAUGGUACCUCUAAGUUCCAUUUGGUCUACUUUCAAAGCUCAGUAAACAAUCUUUGGUGGACUGACCAAAACAGGAAGUAGAAACUUACCACAGGAAGUAGAAACAUACCAAAAUAAACAAUGAUAAAUUGUGAUUAAUGGCGAACACCUCUGAUUAUCAGGACGCUGGGGGAAAAAAGUGUCAUAGGGGGGGAAAAAACAUAAGUCGUAGUAGUCCCCUUAUUUUACGCUAACUUCCUGUGGAUUUCAGAACAAGGGCCGAAAUGUCACCAAAAAAAAA